CCCUCGACAAACUUAUUCACAUUCAGCUGCAGGAAACAUGCUAAAAAUCCUGAAGCUGACAUGUUAAAGCACCAUACACAGAAUUCUGAAUUCUGACAAGUCUUGUUGACCUGUCAUUGUAUUUGAGUGACCGGCGAGGAGAAAUUUCAUCUGCCGACUGAACUCUUGGCAUACAGAUGAGGAACCGUCCAAGUGCACCACUUCUGGCAUUCAGCCCCGUUCCAGUUGUCAUGCAUAUUCCCAGUGACAAUCAUGUGGCUAGAGCAAGUGGCUGGGUGUGAUGAGGCAACGUUAACUUUGGUGGCAGCUUGCUACUCCCAGUGCACUCCACCGGUGGACUGCGCUCCGAGCCUUAACCUUCCUGACUAUGCUUGCAGUCCUUGUGCAGGGAAGAAAUCACCGAGGAGAUGCUGCCUGUCCGUGCUUCUCGUGCGGCCCUCUCAGGAACGUGUCGUUCCCAUUCCGCCGGGCAGGUGAUCCAGCAGGAUGCGGCGACAAAUCGGGCGAGCUAGCCUGCGCCGAUGCCAAGGCCAUGCUUCGCAUCGCAGAUGCAACGUACUACGUGACCAGCAUCAACUACACCGAUUCCACCUUCCAGAUCAUCGACACCGACCUGGAUCUCCACAGCAAUUGCCCCCGUCUUCCUCGGUGGAACCGGCGACCCCAUGAAUAUCUGGACGGGACGGAAGAACACCUACUCUGGCUCUUUGACUACGACGACAUCGGAGCCAACUUGGCCCUCGUGACGUACAAUCUGGCUAGCUUCGUUGAAUGUUCCCAGGAAGUGAGGAACUACGGUAUGUACAUGCCCGUCGCUUGCAUGAGCACCAGCGAUUCUUUUGUCUAUGUGUUAACCGGUCCAGGUGCCUCUCGUGUCGAGAACCUUGAGCCUUGGUGCCGGUAUCUGGCCAUGACUCCUCUGGGUGGUCCGGAGAAUCGUCUAGAUAUCGGGGCGACCGCGCUGGAGAACGCAAGCUACACGGAUGUGGUGAAGUCCAUGAGGACCGGGUUCGCCGUUCGGUUUACACCGUUCACGAGCUUUAAGGACUGCCUACUGCGCCUCAUCCGCACAUUUCGCGAAGAACCAAUGCAAAGAGGAUCCAUAAUUUUGAACCCUGAUCUAUAUAUUAUUGAAUGUGGAAUUGAAGCAGCUCCAGCACCCUACGUCCGUGCGUGCCUGAUAAUAUUACUAUUUGUCACGAGGACUUUCAAGUGGAUUAAUGGACCAUAUAGAUUCCUGUGGGGGUACUUGGCAGUUUGGACUUUCUUUGCUUACAAGUAUUGGAAAACAAGGAUAACAAUUGAUGCAGUGGAGAAGUUUCUCCGCAUGCAACAAAUGCUCACCCCAACUAGGUAUGCCUACACAGACAUCACUGCAGUUACAGGUCAUUUCCGAGAUAAGUUGGGCCAAGGUGGUUACGGCUCCGUGUUCAAGGGUGUGCUACUUAAUGACUUCCAUGUGGCUGUCAAGAUGCUAGCGGGUAACUCUAACUGCAAUGGAGAAGAUUUCAUCAGUGAAGUUUCCACCAUUGGUAGGAUCCACCAUGUUAAUGUGGUGCGUCUUGUCGGGUUCUGCUCGGAAGAAAUGAGGAGGGCUCUCAUCUAUGAGUACAUGCCUCGAGGUUCUCUCGACAAGUACAUCUUCUCCGCCAAGAAGAGUUUCUCUUGGGACAAGCUCAUUGAUAUCGCUUUGGGCAUUGCCCGAGGAAUCAACUACCUACAUCAGGGGUGUGAGAUGCAGAUUCUCCACUUUGACAUCAAGCCCCACAACAUCCUUCUUGAUAGCAAUUUUGUCCCCAAAGUUGCUGAUUUCGGUCUGGCCAAACUAUACCCAAGGGACAACAGUUUUGUGCCAUCAAGAGCCCUACGGGGAACAAUCGGGUACAUAGCUCCUGAGAUGAUAUCUCGGAGCUUCGGUGCCAUAUCGAACAAGUCUGAUGUUUACAGCUUUGGGAUGCUGCUGCUGGAGAUGGCUGGAGGAAGAAGGAACGCCGAUCCGAACGCAGCGAACUCGAGCCAAGCAUACUACCCUUCAUGGGUGUAUGACCGGCUAAUCGAACAAGAACAUGUAGGUGAGAUAUCCACUCAUGUUGAUACUGAGAUGCAUGAGUUGGAGAAGAAGUUGUGCAUCGUCGGAUUAUGGUGCAUCCAAAUGAAAUCCCAUGACCGUCCAAUGAUGAGCGAGGUUAUAGAGAUGCUAGAAGGAAACGCCGACAGCUUGCAGAUGCCUUCCAGGCCAUUCUUCUGCGACGAAGGGCACAUCCAUACGGAGGAUACUUACAAUUUGUCGUCCGAGUUGACUGAAAUCUCCGAGGAGGAUAUGAGUGAAAAUAUUGAUGUGUGACGUAAUGUACGAUGAAAUGAUGCAAUUAGCUCACGAGGAAAUGAAAUUAUGAUUGUAGUUGUAUCAAUUAUGAAAUAAUCUGUUGUGUUUCCCUGCGUGCUGUGUAUAUGUUCAGGCCAUUUAUAUAUGAUAUUUGGCUUCAGCUGCUGCUGAUCUGUGUUUUCUGUCAUGCUCAAACUUUUGUAUGAACUAUGAUGCUUUGAUGAAAA